UUGGGAAUGACAGAAAGACUGUUGAAGAUAAUCGCGGAGAGGAGCUGGAAUGCUACUGCUUCGCGGAUUACAGUAACAUUUAUACGUUGUUUUCCAUAAGCACCCAACUCCAGUGCUUGAAUUCAUCAGGAUCUAAAUAAAGGUACGCAAUCCUGAGACAUGUCGGAGGACCUGAGCUCCCAACCCUCCCAACCAUGGUCCAUCAACAAGGAUGACUACGAGCUGCAGGAGGUGAUCGGAAGCGGAGCUACAGCUGUGGUACAGGCUGCCUACUGUGUGCCCAGGAAGGAGAAGGUCGCCAUCAAACGCAUCAAUCUGGAAAAAUGCCAGACCAGCAUGGAUGAGCUCCUGAAAGAGAUUCAGGCAAUGAGUCAGUGUCACCAUCCCAACAUUGUGUCGUAUUACACCUCGUUCGUGGUGAAGGAUGAGCUGUGGUUGGUCAUGAAGCUGCUUAGUGGUG